AUGGUCGGUCUCGGGAAUAUCCUACCCAAAUUCGACUAUCAGCCAUUAGAGAAUGACAAGUCGGUUCGAUUACUUGCACUUCAGCAUGGUGACAAACAAUCUGCGAUCAUCUGCGACCUGAUUGAAGUCGAUCCAGAUAAAAAGAAGACCAUUGAAUAUGAGGCCGUCUCUUGGACAUGGGACUCGAAAGAGAAACCAGACUCGAUCAGAGUCAACGUUAAAGGCAAGGCUAAUGUCCUCAACAUCUCUCAUAAUCUGUUCCUGGCUUUGAAAGCGCUGCGUCUUGAAGGUGAAGUCCGUUACCUUUGGUCAGACGCAAUAUGUGUGAAUCAGGACGACCCCAACGAAAAGAAUCACCAGAUCCCGAUGAUGCCUUCCAUUUACGGCGACGCGACGCAAGUCUGCGUGUGGCUCGGAGAAGCCGAUAAAGACAGCGAUGACGCUAUUGCCUUCAUCGAGCGUAUAAUGCAAAACAUCUGGAAACUCGAUACAUUAUGCGAGGCGCGCGAAGAAACCAAAAACUGGGCGGCACUUCUGAGAUUCAUCAUGAAGCCUUGGUUUUCGCGUCGAUGGAUUGUCCAAGAGAUCGCACUGGCAAAGAAAGGCACCAUCUAUUGCGGCCAAAAGCAAUUAUCCUGGAGGAAAUUCUCCGACGCCGUAUCAUCCUUCGUAGAGGUAGAAACAGCGACGCACCGGCUAUCCGAAAUCAUGAGGCGAGAAGCAUUCGUUGGCUUUAUCCCGGAUUUCUUUGCGAAUGUCGCAGUCCUGAGUGCAACACUGUUGAUUGAGACGACUAAUACACUCUUCCGCCGACGUGCCGAUGGCCAAAAAGAAGAUCUAUUGAGUCUUGAGUAUCUAGUUUCCAGACUAUCUAUUUUUGCCACGUCAGAACCCCCUGACGCAAUAUAUGCCCUCCUGGCAAUCGCGAGGCAUACUCAGCCUGUCUCUGCCACAGGAAGAAGUAUCAAAGAUGACAACCCUCUCGCCAUCCCAGGACUAUCAGCCGCACUAGGGCGCAAUCUGCGAGCCAAAGAGUUUCGUGUGAACUAUGACCAACCCUAUGUUGACACUUGCAAAAAUUUUGUUGACUUCUCUAUUCGGCAGUCUGAGCCAUCACGGGCGUUAGACAUCAUCUGCAGACCUUGGGCCCCUCCACCGAAGUCUAAAGGCAAAGGACGGCAGAAAUCCCAAAAUACUGAACAGCUUCCAUCCUGGAUUCGCAGUGUAAAAGACGCUGCUUUCAAGGUUCACGAGACUCCGACAGGAGAGAAGAUUGGACGAAUUAACGGCGACCCAUUGGUCGGCUUACCAACAGCCGGACAAAGAAAUUACACUGCUGCCGAGACGAAAGAACUGGACUUAAACAAGCUACGCUUUGCAAAACGCUCUCAACAUUACAGUAUGUAUGUUGAAGGGUUCAAGCUGGAUGAAAUUGACCGGGUCGAGGAAAUUGCUCGUGGCGGAAACCUACCUGAGACUUGGCUUGAAGCUGUUGAAUAUGAGAAUGAAGAAAGCCACGAUCCACCGGAAGAGUUGUGGCGGACUAUAGUAGCCAAUAGAGGACCUGAGGGCAGAAAUCCUCCUGGCUUCUAUACCACAGCGUUUAAAGAGGCUCUAAAGAAAGGUAUGCAUGCUGGGGCACUUGACACGGCGGAUAUAAUUUAUAAUGGGCGGUGCUCGAUUGUAGCCCAAUUCCUGCGGAGAGUUCAAGAGGUGAUAUGGAACCGAAGACUCAUGCAUACCAAGGGAGACACUUCCAACCCAAGGUUUCCCUCAAAACUGGGCCUAGUCCACAAGGAUGCGAGGUCAGGAGACCUGAUAUGCAUCCUCUACGGAUGCACUAUACCAGUAGUCCUGCGGAAAAUAGAAAAAUCGCAAGACCAGAUAGCAAAGGAAAGGCGAGAGGAAGUGCAAUACAGGAAAAUGGAAGCUGAAAGGGCAGUUUCUCGCCUUCGAGAAGUGCGCCAAGAUCGUCGGAAGCAGCGAGAAGUGACAAAGAAGGCACUACGGCAGCUACAAUCUGAUCGUGGAUUGUCCCAUGUUGACAAGACCUCAGCAGCGCAUUACCAUAAGCAGUAUAUGGCGAAGAUGGGUCUAUCCAAGAUUGGAUUGCAGAAGCGCGACGUGAGAAAUGCUGUAAAGGACAACAACAAUGUCAACAAUAACAUCAACGGAAAUGACGACGUUCAUAUCAGUGAUCAUUAUUACGUGCUCGUAGGAGAGUGCUACGUCCACGGGAUGAUGGAUAAUGAAGCUAUCGCUUACCAGAAUGCAAGACGGAUACCAGCUGAAACCCUCGAGUUACGAUGA